CAGCUCGCUUCGGAGACGAUAUAUUCGCCCAAGGGCUUCGGACAUUAGCCGCGGAGCCAACAUGGCAUUUUCAGGGAUUGCCCCACGCGGGGUAAUGACGAUUGAAUGUGGCAUCAAUUGCUUCUCUGCAUCCCGGAAGUACCACAGACAGCCCCCUUGGCAGAGGCAAGGGACAUGCAGAGACAGACACUCACCACCCGGGAAGAACCCUCUCUUCCAGGGUAAUGAUUGCUGGAAUUGACCUUCCCAUUAUCCUGUUGGCGGGGACAGACAGACACGAGCGGUCAUAAAAACCUUCGCUGGUGAGCCCGAUUCAAUUUCAAUUCAAUUCAGUUCAAGAUUUCUUAUCAUCCAUCCAUCCACUCUCUAUUCCAGCCCCCAUUAUUCGGUCCCCCAAACUCAACACCAUGAAACCCACCACCGUCUGCAGCUUCCUCCUAGCCCUAGUCCUCGCCACGACAAGCACUAUAGCCCAGCCCACCAAAUCCACCGGCUCCAACCCCCCACUCUUCCUCCUCGCCGGCGACAGCACGACCGCCACGCAAUCCAGCAACGGCGGCGGCUGGGGCGACGGCUUCCUCAACACCACGCUGCACCACGGCGCAUCCGGCAUAAACUACGGGGUCAAUGGCCGCACUACCGUCUCCUACCGGGCAGGCGGGUACUGGGCGACCGUGCUCGCCAGCGUCGCCGCCAGCCUGGAGACGUCCACGACCCCCUACGUGACCAUCCAAUUCGGGCACAACGACCAAAAGGCCUCCGCCAACAUCUCCAUCGUCGAGUACACGACCAAUCUGGAGCAGUUCGUGGCGGACGUGCGGACCGCAGGCGGCACGCCGAUCCUCGUCACGCCUCUGUCGCGGCGGGGGUACGAGAACUCGACCGGCACGCCCAAGGUCGUGGAGGAUUUGGCAGACCAACGGGCUGCGACGAUCGCGGCGGCGGAGGCGACGGGGUCCACUUGGAUUGAUUUGAAUGAGGCGAGUACGCAGUACCUGAAUGCGAUUGGGGAGGCGGAUGCGUGGACGUACAACCUCAAUCCAACGGAUGAGACGCAUUUGAAUGUGGAGGGGAGCGUGGUGUUUGGGGGGCUGGUGGCACUGUUGAUUGAAGGGGCUUUGUCGGAGCUGAAGGCAGAGGGGUACGUGCGGGUGAAGAAGGAGUUGGAGAAGGCCUUGGAGGAGGGGAAGUAUUAUUGGCCUUGACAAUGUACCGUGGAAGCUUACUGCUUGCGGGAUGAGGUGUUCAGGAGAUCGAAUCACGCGAAAAACUUUGUCCAUGACAUGGGAACCGCGCUACACAAAGUACCUGUAGUUGUCUAACCGGUGGGUUACUCUCUCCAUGUAACCUGAUAUACACUGUUUGAGGCCUACUUGCUUCUCAAGUCAUGUAA